AUGCGUUGGCUUCCAUCUCUCUUAGGAGCCAUAGCUCUUCUUCCUCUUUCUGAAGCCACCUCAUGCUGGCGCAACACCACCUGUUCCGGCCCUACAACUGCCGCCUUUCCAGGUUCGUGGGAGAAAAACAUCUUCGCCCCGGCUUCUCGAACCGUGAACCCCGAAAAGCUCUUCUUGAUCACCAAGCCAGAUGUCACGCAUGACUAUGCUCAGUAUAAGCUACAGGGGAAUGGAUCCCUGGUGGUCUAUGACUUCGAAAGGGAAGUAGGUGGCAUUGUCACUGUCAAGUUUACCUCCACGGGUAGUGGAGCCCUGGGACUGGCAUUUACCGAGGCCAAGGACUACAUUGGGGAAUGGUCCGACUCCUCCAAUGGAGGGUUCAAAGGCCCCGAUGGCGCGUUGUAUGGGAACUUUACUGAAGCGGGCGAGCAUUCUUAUACGAUGCCCGACAAGUACCUUCGUGGUGGAUUCCGGUACCUGACGCUGUUCUUGAUCACGGAUAACUCGACCGCAGUUCAGAUCAAGGACGUGAGCCUGGAAAUUGGCUUUCAGCCCACAUGGUCUAAUCUGAGGGCCUACCAAGGAUACUUUGAUUCUAGUGAUGACCUGCUGAAUGCCAUCUGGUACAGCGGCGCGUACACGCUGCAGACCAACGAGGUCCCCGUCAACACAGGCCGCCAGAUUCCAGCGAUGCCUGCUGGGUGGGCGAACAACGCCACGCUGGGGCCUGGUGAUACCAUCAUCGUUGACGGUGCGAAGAGAGAUCGAGCUGUGUGGCCAGGCGAUAUGGGCAUUGCUGUUCCGUCCGCCUUCGUUAGCAUCGGUAAUUUGGAGAGCGUCAAAAACGCACUGCAAGUGAUGUACAACUACCAGGCUUCGACAGGAGCAUUCGAUGAAUCAGGACCUCCCCUCAGCCAGAAAAACUCGGACACCUACCAUAUGUGGUCCAUGGUUGGCACCUACAAUUACCUACUGUAUACCAAUGAUACCGACUUCCUCGAGACCAACUGGGCGGGCUACCAGAAAGCCAUGGAGUAUAUCUAUGGAGCUGAGCUUGCCACCUGGGCAGGCGACACCACUGGUCUGUCGGACACAUACACCACCCGGGCGGAGAAGCUGCGGGAGGCCAUCAACGAGUACUGCUGGGACGACUCGUACGGAGCGUUCAAGGACAACGCAACCGAUACGACUCUUCACCCGCAGGACGCAAACAGCAUGGCCCUAUUGUUUGGCGUAGUUGACUCCGAGCGCGCUGCUAGUAUCUCCGAGAAACUGACCGAGAACUGGACACCCAUCGGUGCCGUGGCCCCUGAGCUACCGGAGAAUAUUUCACCGUUCAUCUCCUCCUUCGAGAUCCAGGGCCACUUUACCGUGGGCCAGCCCGCUCGAGCUCUGGAGCUGAUUCGACGAAGCUGGGGAUGGUAUUACAACAAUGAGAACGGCACGCAGAGCACGGUCAUCGAAGGAUACCUGCAGAACGGCACGUUUGGCUACCGGUCAAGCCGUGGAUACUACUACGACACGGCAUAUGUCUCCCACGCGCACGGCUGGUCUUCUGGACCAACGUCGGCCCUGACAAACUACAUCGUGGGCCUGACCGUCACUUCUCCGCUGGGGGCGACCUGGAAGCUCGCGCCGCAAUUCGGAGAUCUCAAGACCGCCCAGGCUGGGUUCACGACUUCGCUGGGCCAAUUCCAGGCAUCAUGGACGAAGCAAUCCAAUGAGUACAGCCUGCAGUUUACCGUUCCGAAGGGAACUACAGGAAGUCUUGCUCUCCCCUACCCGAAUUCCAAGAAGCCAACGAUCACAAUCGACGGCAAGAAGAUCACCAAGGGCGUGAGCUAUGCCAAUAACACGGCAACGGUAGCGGUGGCCACCCUCUGUAAUCUACCAAGUUCUCGACCCCAUACAUUCCCCACAACCAAUCAGGGCAGCCAUAACAUACGUGACCACCCCGCAAGGCACACAAUGGCCACCCCGACUUCCCUCCAGGGCAUCGCCAUGCCCUGGCGCACAUGCAAUCAAUGCAUCCGGCGCCACUACCUCCUAUCCCGCGGCGGCGGACGCCCGCAACCGCGCCUACACCUCUCCACCACCUCCCCGGUCCGCACGUCGCCCAGCAGCAGCAGCAGGAGCAGCAACCCCGCUAACCCCCUCCGCACCUCGCGCGUCCGCAGCAGCGACAAAGACGUCGCGAACUACCGGCGCUCAAUGAUCCUCUCGGCUAGCGGGAUCGUGGCGUGCGCGAUGGCCAUGUACGGGGUCAUCAAACUCGACCUGUUCGGCCUGGAGGAACAAACGCAGCAUCCGCAGUCGUCCACCACCAUCCCGACCGCGCAGGAAGCGGGCGACUCCGCCGCGCCGUCCCCGAAGAAGACGCAACUCGACGGGCCCAACGGCUUCCCCAGCAGCCCGUCGCUGAUCACGGUGCACGGGCAAGACCCCGGCGCGGAGCAAGUGGCGACGGGCACCAGCGCGGUGCCGUACUUCCCGGCGACGAUCCGACUGCCCAAGGCGCUGGAUGCGGAGAACGUGCCCCUGGCGGCGGGCGACGAGCUCGCGCUGUCGACCACCGCGGAGAAGCCGGCGGACGAGGAGGAGUACCAGCUGCUGGGGCUGGGGAUCCGCACGGUCUCGUUCCUGCGGAUCCAGGUGUACGUGGUGGGGAUGUACGUGGCCAAGUCGGACAUCACGGCGCUGCAGCGGCGGCUGGUGCAGACGGCGGUGAACCCGCCGACGCUGGCGGGGGUGAUCGCCGCGGAACAGAAGACCGCCGCGGCGGGGGUGAUCACGAACCCCGUGGGCGCGACGGCGGCGACCUCGCUGGUGUCGACGGAGCGCGACCGCCUGCGCCAGCUGCUCCUCGACACCGACGGGACCGAGCAGCAGGGCGAUCUGGUGUGGGACGCGAUCCUGCGGGAGCCGGGCCUGCGCACGGCGUUCCGCAUCGUGCCCGUCCGCAACACGGACUUCACGCACAUGCGCGACGCCUUCGUGCGCGGCGUCACGGCCCGCGCCCAGAAGUACAACCCCUGGCGCGGCGAGUUCGCCGACGAGGCGUUCGGCGCCGCCGUCAAGAACUUCAAGGCCCUGUUCGGCGGCGGGGCGAACAAGAACGUCCCCAAGGGCCACACGGUGCUGCUCGUCCGGAACGCUAGGGGCCAGCUGGAUGCGUUGUUUCAGACGGACGUGGCCGCCAAGCCCACGCGGUACAUGGGCCGCGUGGCCGACGAGCGCGUCAGUCGUCUGGUGUGGUUGAAUUACCUGGCCGGGAGGAACGUGUCGAGCGAGCCCGCCCGCGAGAGCGUCGUCGACGGCAUCAUGGCGGUGGUGGAGCGCCCGGUGGGCACGGUGGUGCAGAAGGUUCUGUAGUUUUAUUUAACCUCCUACUUUCCCUACUUCAGAAAUGUCACCCCCUCUCUUCUCUUUUUUCUUCCACCAGACUUUACAUGUAUGUACGUUACGUACAAGACUCUACACACAUACGAGUCCUCUACAACCACCCCCGAACAACGAGUCCAAAGACACCGACACCACAUAAAAGAGAGAAUCGAUAUAUUCACCCCAAAUCUAUCCCCCCUACAUUAUCAACCCUUCACCCCAUUAGGUUGGAAAUCUAAGCCUUCAAAGCCCCCGCAGCCGUCAACAACUGCUUCAAGUGCGCGCGGUCCUUGCCCUGCAGAUCCGAGUUCCCGCCGAUAUGCUUCUGGCUGAUGAAGAUGUUGGGCACGGUCCGCUGCGAGGAGAUCUCGUACAGAGCAUCCUGG